UCAUAAUGAAGUCUAAUGAAGCACUUCCUGUUUACUCUACAGCACUACUUGGCUUACCUUGCAGAUAUAAUGGCCACAGUUGGUAAGGUUAUCAAGUGCAAGGCAGCUGUGGCCUGGGAGCCAAACAAGCCUUUGGUGAUCGAAGAGGUCGAGGUAGCCCCCCCUGGGCCCAAUGAAGUCCGCAUAAAGAUUGUGGCAACUGCAGUGUGCCAUACAGACUUAUACCGGCUCUAUGAGAAUGGAGUUGAAGCCGCUUUUCCAACCAUCCUUGGCCACGAAGGAGCAGGGAUUGUCGAGAGUGUUGGGACUGGAGUCACGGAAUUAAAAGCAGGUGACAAGGUCAUUCCUUUGUUCCUCCGCCAGUGCAAGGAAUGUCGCUUCUGUAAGAGCCCGAAGACCAACCAGUGUGUGGUUGCAUGGGAAGGGGCUAUCCUUAAGAAAGUGCCACCAGAGGACUCCCCAAUUACCUGUAAGGGGAAGAGCUUGCAACGGUUUACAGGUACCGGUACUUUCUCUGAGUACACUGUGGUCAAUGAACUGGCUGUGGCAAAGAUCGACCCAGCUGCCCCUCUGGACAAAGUCUGUCUCAUUGGCUGUGGGAUCUGCACAGGAUACGGAGCAGCAGUUAAUACUGCCAAGGUUGAACCGGGCUCCACAUGUGCUGUGUUUGGCCUGGGAGCUAUUGGUUUAGCUGCAGUCAUGGGCUGCCAUGCUGCAGGAGCCAAGAGGAUCAUCGCUGUUGACAUCAACCCAGAUAAAUUUGAGAAGGCCAAGGUGUUAGGUGCGACAGACUUUGUGAAUCCAAAGGAUCACAGUAAACCCAUCAGCGAAGUGCUGUCUGAGAUGACUAACGGAGGAGUGGACUUCUCCCUGGAAUGUGUCGGGAAUGUGGGAGUGAUGCGCAGCGCCUUAGAGUCUUGUAUUCAGGGCUGGGGUGUCAGCGUGAUUGUCGGCUGGACUGAGCUGGAAGACGUUGCUGCUAAACCACUUAUGAUGAUUGCUGGACGCACAUGGAAGGGAUCCGUGUUUGGAGGCUUCAAGGGUCGGGUUGACGUCCCUAAGAUGGUUAAAGCCUACAUGGACAAGAAGCUGAAGGUUGAUGAGUUCAUCACUCAUAACUUACCUUUGGAAAAAAUCAAUGAGGCAUUUGACAUGAUGAAGAAUGGCAAAUGCAUCCGGACGGUCCUGAAUCUUUCCACAGAAUGAGAUCAGUUUUUGUAUUUGAAGACCACAUAGUAAAACAGUUAUUGAUAACUGUCUCAGAUUUAUAUUUCGCUCAUAAUACACUGCCAUGCCAAGGAGAUCCAUCGAAUGUGUACCUGAUAUGUCCUUGAUCUGAAAAAAUCAGCACUGCUUCAUGAAUCAUGUGUAAACCAUGUUUGUGGGAACGUUCUGCAUUGUUGACAUUAAGCCAAAGAUAAACAUGUCAAAAUGUUUACAGAAGAAAAUAAAUUAUCUAAACAGAUGGUCA